AUGGCUUCAACAUCGAAAUCACAAACACCUCGGCUCCCCCUGGACAUCUCAGAGACCGAGUCGAGUUCAGAUCCUGAAGACAACUCGGAAGACUCGAGCGCCGAGGAUGAGACCCCUACCAUAGUGAGGUCGCCCACAAAGCUCACUUACAAGAUCGACAGGCUCUCGGACGAAACCCGCUCUACAGUCCGAGAAGCUUUCAAGGACCCCCCAAGACUGUCAUUGCAGUACUGUCGUCUACAGGACGACACGUAUGCUUUUCAGAUGACAGAGAUGGUGCCCAGGUCUAUUCGUAUCGGCUCAUCGGAAAGCAAGUUCCCGACGCCUCGAUGCUCUUGCGGCAAACAAAACGGACCCUGCAAGCAUUUGCUCUGGCUGCUGGAUCAGCUGGUUAGACAAACUCUUUACGACCAGGACCCUACUUCACCCUUGACCAUGACGCCGAAGGGGUUUGCCGAGGAGGUCGGCGACCCAUUUUCGAGCAUCUCCGAAUUUCACCUCGACGUUCUCGCCGACAGCCUGCGCUGUCGAGUUGUUCACCCUGAUGAUGACGAUGAUGACGACGGCGACGAAGAUCUUGAUCCAUCUCGAGUGCAAGAAGCUCGUGAGCUCCUGGCCUCAGUUGCCGUUGUUGAUCCCGAAGAGUAUCGUGAAGAUAUAUUCACCGACCCUACGCCCGGCACCAACAUCAUCAAGCGCCGCGACCUUGAGUGUACCAUUUUCCGCAUGCUCCUCGACAACAACGACUUCUUCCACUACUUUCUUUCCCGCGCUCGCUCCUCAGACCCCAUAAAAGACCCCUUCAACAAACUCGAGCAGCGAGUCCGUCGCGUGCUCCGCGACCUGGACGCCUAUUCCGCCCGCCCCAGCACCUCCUCCUCCCCGUCCCGUGAGGGUCCUCGCAACGUGGCCUGGGCAGCGCGCCACAUCCUCGGCGUGACGACGCUCAUCAACACGACAAUCUUCAAGCGCGACACCCCCCUCACGUCCCGCGAACGCACCUCGGCAGCACGCGCCCUCGUCCGCAUCCUCGCCACCGUCACCGCCCGGAACCGCGACGCACACCCGGGCCCGACCCUUCUCGACCGGAACCUCUACGCCCGUCUCAUCGGCGACGCAGUCCGGCCCAACUUUAUCAUCGACACCCUCCUCCUCCUCCCCGACGCGGCAGCCCCUUUCCUGUCCGAUCUCGAGACCGUCGCUGAGGCCAUUGGCGUCCACGGCGCCCCGGCCGCCUACGCCGAAAAGCUGUCGCGCUUGCUCGCCAGUCUCAAGAAGCCCGCGCGGAGCGGCAGCGGAUCGAAGAGGCAGGAUCCCUCCGGCGGACAAGGGCCACAGGGCCGCGGGUCCAAGAGGGUCAAGUGA